AUGAACAUCACAAACACAGACUCUGGAGGUUAUAUGCUACGGUUCUGCAGCGGCAGCACUAAUACAUCGGUCUAUACAUUUGCUGAUAUUGAUGUUCCUGCUGCUCGACGAGAUGAAAUGAAGACCAAGUCUGUAGUGGAGGGAGAACCUGUCACUUUACAUCCUGGUGUAACAAAAACCCCAAAUGUUGUGAUGACGUGGUAUUGUAAUGAGACUCUCAUCGCCGAAAUCACUGGAGAUCAGAACUCUGGAGAAUAUAAACUACAGAUCAGGAGCAGCAGAUUCGCCAACAUCCGUAUCACCAGUUUAAAGAGCUUCAGCAUUUCUAUCACUGGUUCAUCUGGAGUUGUUGCAGAUGAUAGGUCAACAUUUCUGAUGGAAGGAGAUUCAGUCACUCUAAACACUGGUGUUAAAAUAAACCAACAAGAUGUCGUCUUAUGGUAUUUUAAUAACUCUCGCAUUGCUGCAAUCGCUGGAGAUCUGAGUUUUAUCUGUACUGAUGUUCAGUGUAAGAAUGACACCGAGAGAUUCAGAAACAGACUGAAGCUGGAUCAUCAGACUGGAUCUCUGACCAUCAUGAACAUCACAAACACAGACUCUGGAGGUUAUAUGCUACGGUUCUGCAGCGGCAGCACUAAUACAUCGAUAUUGGUUUGUGUUUCAGAUGUUCCUGCUGCUCGACGAGAUGAAAUGAAGACCAAGUCUGUAGUGGAGGGAGAACCUGUCACUUUACAUCCUGGUGUAACAAAAACCCCAAAUGUUGUGAUGACGUGGUAUUGUAAUGAGACUCUCAUCGCCGAAAUCACUGGAGAUCAGAGUAAGAUCUGUUCAGAUCUUCAGUGUAAAGAGAGAUUCAGAGACAGACUGAAGCUGGAUCAUCAGACUGGAUCUCUGACCAUCACAAACACCAGAACCACAGACUCUGGAGAAUAUAAACUACAGAUCAGGAGCAGCAGAUUCGCCAACAUCCGUAUCACCAGUUUAAAGAGCUUCAGCAUUUCUAUCACUGGUAUAAUUCACAGUAUACACAGUAUAAUUCUAUGA